AUGGGUGUCUGUAGAGUUUUACUUUCCGAUUUGAAGACCGGCCUGUGCUCCUCCGCUCUCGAGGUCAGGCUUCUCCGUUUCUUGGAGGCGAGGAUUCUAGGGACGCAAAAACUUCAAACAACAGCUGUGAAUAGUAAUUUGAACCCGGUAUGGAAUCAAGAACUCAUGCUGUCUGUUCCUGACAGCUAUGGUCCUGUAAAACUGGGGUAUGAUUAUAACACAUUCUCUGCUGAUGACAUAAUGGGAGAAACUCAACUUGAUAUCCAGCUUCUGAUAACAUUCGCAAUGGCGUAUGGGGAUGCUGAGAUAUUUGGGGAUGUGCAGCUAAAGACAGCAUCAUUAACAUUGUUGAUGGGAAAGUGUAGCAGGAGGUUCAGAUCAUCAAGCUUCAGAAUGCAGAGUCUGGAGUAUUAG